AUGCAUAUGCUCUUUUCAAGGUUGAAGGAAGAAGUAAGUGAAUCUAUUGGACUUCUUUGUGGUAUGGCAGCAUUAGCAAAGAAAGAAGCUGCUCACUCUGCUUUACCGAGAAAGGGUGCAGUAGGAAAGGGCAUUCGCCUCCCCUUCAAUAGCCUUUUGCGCGGAUGCUUCACAUGCGCUUCCAGAGCUCAACGAGAUUCCAAUAGGCCUUUCUCCUGCAAAAAUAGCCCAAUUGCAUCGGGAGACUUAAGAGAAGGCUGCCUAGUGUGGCAGUCUCUUGCAAGAAAUCUAUGGGAGGGCAAAAGAAGUUGUUCUCCGUCAGGCAGCAGCGCUGGGCGAGAUCACGCUCGAGAAAUUCGUAGACGCUGUCAGAAAAAACUGUACAUAGCUAUUCCAGCUGAAAUACUUGGAAUAAUUCUACCACUUCUACUAGGAGUAGACUUUUUUGUGCUAACUGAAAGUAAAGUAAUGGAUUUUGUGCAACGUCGAAAGGGUUCUGAUUUAGUGGGAUCAUUUGGAUUGUUACAACCUCUAGAAUAUGGUUUGAAAUUCAUUCUAAAAGAACCUAUUUCACCAAGUAGUGCUAAUUUCUCCCUUUUUAUAAUGACUCCAGUGGCUACAUUUAUGUUAAGUCUGGUCGUUCGGUCCAUUGUACCUUUUGGUUAUGGUAUGGUAUUGUCAAAUCCGAGCAUAGGACUACUUUAUUUGUUUGCCAUAUCUUCGGUAGAUUUUUAUGGAAAUAUUAUAGCAGGUUGGUCUAGUAAUUAG